AUGGCAAGGUUGGCCCUCCGAGUACAACAAUGGACCGACCACAAAAACAGCCACUACACAAAAGCCCAACCCCCAUCCUGGAAAGACUUCCAACAAUGGACACUGGACUUCAUCCGCGGAGGACGCAACACCGCUAUCGACCUCGCUAAAACGUACUUCAAUGCCAAACAACGACCCAACCAGGAUCCGAUCGCCUUCCACAACUACCUCCAGUCGAUCGAAUCCCAGAUGGCGAUAUCGGAAGAACAGCGCGUCACAGGGUUCUUCGCAAAACUCAUCGAACCCUUACGAAAGGAAUUGAAGUUUGUUCUCCAGGAUAGAUUCCCAACCAAUCGAGAUGACCUUCUCUCAGCCGCGAUCCUCACCUGGAACAACAAGGACAUGGGAACACCGGCUCCUACGAAAAAGCGCAAUCAUGAGGAUACCACCACACCGUACAGUCACAAACGGCAAAAGAACGACAAAACAGAAAACACAAACGAAUCAAAAAAAUCGAAAAACGACAAAAACGACAAAAACAAAAACAACGACCAGAAUCCUCGGACGAAGGAUCUUUCGACGAUCACUUGCUACCAUUGCAGCAAGAAGGGACACUACGCCAACAAGUGUCCAGACAGGCAAGCAACCAAUACAGACACCCCAGCCGCGGUCAACCGAAUCACCCAGGAUGACAGUGACUCGGAAAACUACAGCGAGUCGGAGUAG